AUGAACGGUGAUACCUAUUCCUCCAGAGAUUCGGGCCGUCCCCGCGAUCACUUCCGCGACGAGCGACGUGAUCGAGACCGAGGUGAUAGAGGCGAUCGGGCUGAGCGAGGAGGAGGAGAGAGACGGCGAUCCCGUUCUCCUCACUUCGGUUCGCGUGGUGCGCGACGUGAACCAGAGGCCAAUUCAUACUCGUCAAGCCGCGACUAUCGUGCCCGAGAGCGAGAGGACCGGUACUCUAGCCGCCGGGAAGACCGCGAAUGGGACCGCGGUGACCGCGGCGAACGUGGUGAACGUGGAGAGCGCGGUGAGCGUGGAGAGCGAGGUGGAGACCGUGGUGAUCGCCGCCGACGCGAUUUCGAUGACAGACCCCGACGAGACCUUUUCGACGAACGACCCCGACGUGGCGGCCGCGAUGACCGCCGAGACCGUGGAGAACAAGAUCGUGGUGGUGACAGACGAGGUGGGGGAGGAGGAGGUGGCGGUGUUGACCGCGGUGGACGGCGCAGCGCCUCACCACCACGUAGGAAAGAGCCUACCCCAGAUCUGACGGACGUGCCGUCGAUCUUGGAGCGCAAGCGUCGCCUGACGCAAUGGGACAUCAAGCCCCCUGGUUACGAGAAUGUCACCGCCGAACAAGCGAAGCUUUCUGGCAUGUUCCCUCUGCCCGGAGCUCCUCGACAGCAACCAAUGGAUCCCAGUCGUCUGCAGGCUUUCAUGAACCAGCCUGCCGGUGGUUCUGCCGAGACCACAGCUCUCAAGCCAUCCAACUCCCGUCAAUCGAAGCGUCUCUUCGUCUACAAUAUCCCCGCCGGUGCUACCGGAGACAGCAUCAUGUCAUUCUUCAACCUACAGCUCAACGGCCUGAAUGUCAUUCACAGCGUCGAUCCUUGUAUCUCUGCACAGGUGGCCGACGACCAGUCAUUUGCCCUUUUGGAGUUCAAGUCGCCCAAUGACGCGACUGUGGCUCUGGCGUUUGAUGGUAUCACUAUGGCGGAAGGUACUGAAAAGGGUCUCGAGGUUCGCCGACCCAAGGAUUACAUUGUUCCCAAUGGAAGCGCCGAGCAGGAGUACCAGGAGGGCGUGCUUCUCAAUGAGGUGCCAGAUUCACCCAACAAGAUCUGCGUUUCCAACAUCCCCGCGUACAUUCCCGAGGAGCCUGUUACUAUGCUGCUCAAGUCCUUUGGUGAACUCAAGUCUUUUGUCUUGGUCAAGGAUGCUUCGACCGAGGAGUCACGGGGGAUUGCAUUCUGCGAGUACGCCGACCCCACAGCUACCACCAUCGCUGUGGAGGGUCUCAACGGCAUGGAGCUCGGUGACCGUCAUCUGAAGGUCGUCCGCGCCAGUAUUGGAACCACCCAGGCUGCUGGUCUCGACAUGGGUGUCAAUGCCAUGUCCAUGUUCGCCAAGACCACCUCCCAAGAUAUGGAGACGGGCCGUGUCCUUCAGCUUCUGAACAUGGUAACAGUGGACGAACUUCUCGAUAACGACGACUACGAAGAGAUCAUGGAAGAUGUCCAGGAGGAGUGCGCCAAGUACGGCAAGGUCUUGAGUCUGAAGAUCCCCCGCCCCUCCAGCGGCAACCGCCAGGCCGCGGGUGUUGGUAAGAUCUACGUGAAAUUCGAAGCCAACGAGUCUGCCUCUAGUGCCCUGAAGGCGCUUGCUGGUCGUAAGUUCUCGGAUCGUACCGUUGUGGUUUCGUACUUUGGCGAGGAGAACUUUGACGUAGACGCCUGGUAA